UAAACCCUGGGUGCAGUGACAAACCCAGGCAGAGCAGACUCCACUCCACAGAGACAAGGAACAAAAUAGCAUCAUGCCAAACUACAAACUGAUUUAUUUUAAUAUGAGAGGAAGAGCAGAAAUUAUUCGUUACAUAUUUGCUUAUUUGGACAUAAAGUAUGAAGAUCACAGGAUAGAACAAGCUGACUGGCCGGAAAUCAAAUCAACUCUUCCAUUUGGCAAAAUUCCCAUUUUGGAAGUCGAUGGACUUAAGCUUCACCAGAGCCUGGCGAUAGCAAGAUACCUGACCAAAACCACAGAUUUGGCUGGAAAGACAGCAACAGAACAAUGGCAAGUUGAUGCCAUGGUGGACACACUGGAUGAUUUCAUGUCACGUUUUCCUUGGGCAGAGAAAAAGCAAGAAGUAAAAAAUCAAAUUUUUAACGAGCUGCUCACAUGUGAGGCCCCCCACCUUCUGCAAGACUUGGAGACAUAUUUAGGGGACAAAGAGUGGUUUAUUGGUGACUCUGUGACUUGGGCAGAUUUCUACUGGGACAUCUGCAGCACCACACUUCUGGUCUUUAAACCUGGCUUGCUGAACAACUGCCCCAGGUUGCAGACUUUGCGCAAGAAAGUCCAAGCCAUCCCUGCCAUCGCUGACUGGUUACAGCGGAGGCCCCAGACCAAACUCUAGGAAACAUGUGUACCUCAGCUUCGCUGUUCACAGUCUUCCCUUCCUCCAAACACUCCAGCUGCCCCCAUGAUCCUCCACACACUCUCCACCCACCUCCACCAGGACUUCCACUUUUGCCAUAUUCUGGGUUAACAAAAAGUAUUUGGUCUCCAUUCCUCUUUAUUUCUAAAGAAUAGUUUUUCACCAUUUA